CUACCAUAACCCCCGCGCCGGGAGGGGUAGAAGGGAGUCUAGAUGAACGGAAUAUUGGAGCCGAGCCAGCUGGCUUACAUAUUUACUUUUAUCUAGAGUAUAGAAUCAGUUUCGUCUGGGGAAUCAAAUUACCUGAGAUUAGGAUCCUUGCUUUUCUUCAACUGAUUGUAUCAACAAGGGAGGGGAGAACUCUUAGACGACGCUCAUACUUUUUCUUCGAUUGAUACAAUUUCCGGAUGUAUAUUUUUUCAACACUAAAUAUCAUCUAAACAAAAGUUCAUCUUAUUGACAAUGGGCUCGACAAUCCCUGCGACUCGCAAGGUAGCAGUGACAACCUCUCCAGCCACUGUCUCCGUAACAUCGCUUCCUAUUCCGCAACCUGCAGGGACAGAAGUUCUUCUCCAGAUCGAAGCUACCGGUAUCUGCGCUACGGAUCUGCAUAUCGUCCAUCGUUCGCUGUCGUACUUUCAACCCAAAGUCGACAUACAUGGACACGAAGGAAUUGGACGAAUUGUUGCGCUAGGGCCAGAUGUUGAUGCCUCAAAGUGGAAGAUUGGGGAUAGAGUCGCGCAUCGGUGGAUAUAUAGGUGGUGUAAGGAGUGUGAGCCAUGUCGAGCUGGACUUGAGCAGUUCUGUGACAAGAGGCAGUUGAGCGGGUUGCAUGUGGAGGGGUGUUGGGCUGAAUACACCGUUGCAGACACGGAGUAUAUGCUGCGUAUUCCGGAAGAGUUGAAUGCAGCAGAAGCAGCUCCCAUUCUCUGUGCAGGAACGACCGUAUAUCGCGCACUAAGGACUUCUGACCUCUCUCCGGGCCAGUGGAUUGCAAUCGUCGGUGCUGGAGGGGGACUAGGUCACUUAGCGAUUCAAUACGCCAAAGUGCAGGGUCACAAGGUCCUUGCAAUUGAUGGCGGGAAAGAGAAAGGCACGCUCUGUACAGACCUAGGCGCAGAUGUAUACGUCGAUUUUACCAGUACGAAAGAUAUCACUGCAACCGUCAUUGACAUCACCUCUGGUGGUGCCCAUGGGAUUCUCGUGACCAGUUCGAGUCCCCGCGCCUACGAACAAGCUAUUACAUAUGUGCGCAAACUGGGCAUUAUCGUUUGCAUUGGAGCUACAUCGACGAAAAUGACAUUCCCCAUUGGACCAGAGUACUUUGUCGGCAAAGGUGUGCGUCUAACAGGCACGAGUACAGGCACGCUGCGCGAUACCGAGGAGGCAUUGAAAUUGGUGCAGGAGGGGAAAGUCAGGCCGAUUAUUGUCGAGAAGAAAUUGGAAGAUAUUCAGGAAUGCUUGGAUCUGCUGGAGAAGGGCGAUGGCGUGGGGAAAUUCGUUGUCAAGCUAUAGGUGCUGUAUCCUCUGGAGCGAAGCUCGCUGAGCUUGAAUUCUCUAGCAAGCAACUACUUAACUCGGCGUCUUUAUCUCGGUGGUGGAGCUAAAGGGCGACCCGACAAAAGGUCUGCAUGUAGGCAGGCUCGGACAUAUCCUAUCCUGGUAUAUAGCUUGAAGGAGCAAUUUGUGAAUAUAACCGCAAAUAUGAAUGUUUAUG